UCCGUCAAGCGACGACGAAGAAGAAGUAGAAGUCGUAGAAGAAGAAAAAGAACGGAAAAGGCUGGUGAGAAGGAAAUCUCGGAGGACGAAUGGCUAACAGAACAGUUAAAGAUGCCACCAGUAUCCACGGUACGAAUCCACAGUACUUGGUGGAGAAGAUUAUCCGGACUCGAAUCUACGAGUCAAAGUACUGGAAAGAAGAAUGCUUCGGUUUGACCGCGGAGCUGGUUGUGGAUAAAGCCAUGGAGCUGAGAUAUGUCGGUGGAGUGUUUGGAGGAAACAUCAAACCCACUCCCUUCAUCUGUCUUACGCUGAAGUUGCUGCAGAUCCAACCUGAGAAGGACAUCAUUGUCGAGUUCAUAAAAAACGAAGAGUUUAAGUACGUCCGUUUACUUGGCGCCAUGUACAUGAGGCUAACGGGCACGGCGGUGGAUUGUUACAACUACCUGGAACCCCUCUUCAAUGACUACAGAAAAAUCAAGACCCAAAAUAGAAAUGGGGAGUUUGAGCUGAUGCAUGUGGAUGAGUUCAUCAACAAUCUUCUCCACGAGGAGCGAGUGUGUGACAUCAUCCUGCCUCGGCUUCAGAAGAGACAGGUCCUGGAGGAGGCCGAGAUGUUGGACCCGCGCAUCAGCGCGCUCGAGGAAGACCUGGAUGAAGUGGAGAGCAGCGAGGAAGACGACGAAGAAGAGAGGCCCGAGAGGGUGGCGACCCCUGAACCUCACAGACGCGGUUACCGUGACGACAGAAUCCGCCGCUCCCAGUCGCCUCGUCACAGACGCAGCCGCUCGCCCAGACGGAGGAGCAGGUCUCCAAAGAGACGCAGCCUUUCUCCUAGAAGAGAGCGCCAUCGCAGCAAAAGCCCCCGCCGCCACCGCAGCCGCUCUCGAGAGCGACGCCAUCGGUCUCCAGGUCACCACAGAAGCCACAGACAUCGCAGCCACUCAAAGUCACCAGAAAGGAGUUCCAAGAAGAGUCACAAGAAGAGUCGAAGGGGAAACCAGUAGUUAUUUUUUAUUUUUAUUUUUUUUACACCAACAACGGAUGUUUCCAAUCAGUCUUGUUGAUAUUUCCAGCCUAUAUUGGCUCAUACGGCAUGAUUAAAGUCACCGGUUACUACUUUUGAAUGCAUCCUGAGAAUUGGAGGAAGUAUAACUACAAAGAAAGUACAUUCCAGUGAGUAAAAAAAAAAGUAGUAAUUGGGACAAACAGUGUUUGUUUGUUGGUAGUGGUUUUAGCUUGAAAACAUUGUCGAUAUUUUUGAGUUUUCAGUAAUACAAUAGCUUCUUUUCUACCGCAUUAACUUUUUUCUCUUUUAAUUGGGAUUUUGAAAAACAUUCACACGUUUUAUGAUUUAUUUCAUAGAACAUUACUCUGGUUAAACCAUUUUG